AUGCAAUCUGCAAGCAUUGCCAGGCUUUCUAUACGCUACACCGGUAAUACAACUAACCUGCGCGCCCACCUGCAAAGACACCAUGCAGACAAGCUAGCUUCGCCGCAGCCCAAAAAAACACGGGACCCCACGCAGACUACUUUGGACAACACAACAUCCAAGCUUCCAUCUAACUCAGUCCGUGCACAGAAGAUUACAGAGUCUGUGGUGCAUUAUAUUUGCAAAGGUUUAUGUCCCUACAGUGUUGUCGAGAACACAGGCUUUCGCUUUAUGAUCAACACGUUAGAUCCCCGUUAUGUGAUCCCUACCCGCAGCUACAUGACCGACAAAGCAGUACCGAGGAUGUAUGACAAAGUCAAAGACAAUGUUAAGUCAGCCCUGAGUUCUGCCCCACGAGUGGCACUGACUUGUGAUGGGUGGACAUCGCGAGCCACGGAAGCUUUUGUUACAAUCACUUGCCAUUACGUUAACGAGGAGUGGGAACUGAUGUCGCACGUUUUACAAACGCGAGCCAUGCACGAGAGCCAUACGGGGUCAAACAUUGCAGAGUUACUUAAAGCGGCGCUGGAGGAGUGGGACCUCGUAUCCAAAGACCCAGCUAUUGUGACUGACAACGCCGCAAAUAUGAGCGUCGCGGCGGAGCUUGCCGGUAUGUUGCAUUUCAGGUGCUUCGCUCACACUUUAAACCUUGCCUCGCAGCGUGCACUGAAGCUUCCUGCUGUCGCUCGUUUAUUGGGACGUGUUAGACGGAUAUCCACCUUUUUUAAGCGCAGUACCACAGCCAGCCACGUACUUCGACAGAAGCAGAAGUUGCUCGAGUUGCCUGAACAUAAACUGAUCACAGAUGUUGUGACGCGCUGGAAUAGCGCGCAUGAUAUGCUCGAGCGCUUUCUUGAGCAGCAACCCGCUGUCUCCGCUGCUCUUCUGUCCAACGAGCUUAGGAAAACCGAGAAAGAAGUUUGCACCCUAUGUGAGUCGGACAUUACAUCUGCGGAGGAGAUAGUGGAUGCAAUGAAGCCCAUGAAGAUUGCUACUCUUGUAAUGUCAAAAGAAAGCUCUCCAACGCUGUCAGUUGUGGCCCCUCUUCAUGCUCAGCUCAUCCAGGAUUUCCAAGAGAGCAGAGCAGAUAGUGAGAUAGUGAAAGAAAUCAAAGCGGCUAUUUGCCAAGAUUUGAGCAAGAGGUACAUGGAUCAGCAGAAAGAGACCAUGUAUGUAUGUUCAGCACUCGAUCCAAGAUUCAAAGCUUUGCCCUUCCUUCCUGAUGAUGAACGAGAGGAAAUAUACUUGAGAAUCACUGCAGAAGCUCGAAGAAUUCAAGAACUAUUUCAGGAAGAGGCUGAAGUGAUACCAGGAGAGGAGGACAAUCAUGUGGAAGACAAGGAUGACAUUCCUGCCAGCCCACCACCCAAGAAGAAAAAGGACUUGUGCUGUUUGGCUGAUCUGCUUGGUUCAACUUACAGUGCAGGUCCUAAGGUGAGACACAGAACCACACAGGCCCAGGCAGAAGAGGAGAUGUCAAGGUACAAGGAGGCACCACCCCUGUCUCUUGCUGAGGGAAGUCCACUCAGUUGGUGGAAAGAGCACGAGAAUGAAUAUCCACUAAUGUCACGCCUUGCCAAAGUGUACCUGUGCAUUCCAGGGACUAGUGUCUCCUCGGAGCGCGUUUUCUCUAAGGCAGGCGAUAUUGUAACCGCACAGAGAAGUGUACUAAGCUCAAAGCAUGUUGACCAACUUCUGUUUUUGAACAAAAAUCUUAAGUCAUAG